GAUUCAACAUUUUAUUUUCGUUUGGAUUCUGACGUAGGUAGGAAGUAGUGUUGUCGUUGGAACUGUCAAAUUUACAGUUCAAAAAUAAACCGCCAUAGAUUCGUUUAAAGCAAGCGUGUGUUCAUUUUCGUAAUUUAUUGUGAUUUGUGAUACUUUUAUAAUGGCAGUUGAUUUGACAGAUAUAGAGAAGAUGGAAAUAAAGGAUGUCGGCACAAACCAGAUGGAAACGUUGGAGAAUGUGUGGAAAGACAAGACCUGCGUGAUAAUAUUCUUCCGUCGCUGGGGAUGUUUAUACUGCAGACUUUGGGCCAAGGAAGUCAGCCAAAUUGCCAACAUUCUCAGCAACAACAACAUAAGACUUAUUGGAGUGGGACCCGAACAACUGGGUGUUGAAGAAUUCAAAGAGGGGAAAUUUUUUGAUGGAGAACUGUUUGUUGAUGUUGACAAGAAGGUUUAUUCAAAAAUUGGGUUCAAGAGAUACAACUAUCUCAGCAUCUUGUGGUAUAUCAUGGGAAGAGUUGGAAGAAGUGCCUACAACAGAGGAAAGGCGGCAAACAUCCCAUGGAACCUACAAGGCGACGGGUUGCAGAACGGAGGUUGUCUGAUCGUAGAGAAGGGUGGACGCAUCCUACACAGCUACCGACAAGACGGAGCGGCCGAUCAGCUGAGCAAUGACAAGAUACUGGAGGUACUGGACCUUACUGCGGAGAUACGGCCUCGGCUGGAGACUGACCUGGACGCAGACAGUAAGAGCGAGAGCAGUGACAGGAACUAACCAAUGCAGGAACACCCAACUUUCACCAAAGAUCACUAGCACACUUCCGGUGGACAUUUCUUCCAUCUACACAUGCAUAAGCUCAGGGAAUUUUAAUAGAAUCAUUGACGUUGAAGGUGUGAUUUUGUUGAAACUGCACCUGCAUUUUACAAAUUUUACAAAUCGUAUUCUUGAAGCUUCCCUCAAAAAAUAUUUUCUGUUUUCUCAUUUAAUUAUGGCUAAACAUGAAGAAAUGUCAAUUUUAAAGGCAAGUAGGAAGACAUGUGAAGACUUUUUCUAAUGGUAUGCCUAAAUAUUUUAUUGGAUUCUAUAUUGGAGGCGGUUUCAAGGGAAACUAUUGUAAGAUCAGUUAUUCUCUGUCUGGUAUAUAUUGAAGAUUUUAUCAUGAGCAGCAACGUAUUUUGUAUGAAAUCCUUACAGAAGAUUGUCAACUUUUCAAGUGUAAGCCAUUUAGAGCCUUGAUAUGAUAUUUGAGGAAAAAUUAUAACAUACAAUUUAAAGCUACAAAAAAAUUAAAAUUCAUAGCCAAUAACCAGUAGUUUACACUACCCAACGUUGAACAGAAGUUUUUUUCAUAAUUUAUAUAUUACCUCAAAUAUAAAAAGCUUACUAAAAGACUUUGAUUCCUACUAAGCUACGAUAGUAAUUACUGUAGCCGUACCCGUACCCAUACAACUAGCCCAAGGAGAUGUGAAAUCUGCUGGCGUAAUAAAGUUUAACUAUAGUUCUCUUUUCCUUUGUGGUUCCUAGACAAUUUAGGUUCUAGCUUUGACUAUUAAUGGAUCUACUCAAGAAAGAUUUCCUGUUUUUUUUCCUCUUGUUACUUCAUAUUUUUCGAAUAUCAGGAUCGCACCCCACACCAUUUCUAUACCAAAAUAUAGUUCAGGUUUUUUCUUUAUAACUGUUUUAUAUGAAUAUUCUUUUGUACUUAUUUUUAGUACCUACAAUAUUUCUCUCAUAUCAGGACUAACGUUUUUCUCACAAACCGGUUAUUCCUAAUGCAUUUCUUUGUUUCUUGUCCAGUUUUGUGCUGCAACUUAUAGAUCAUUUUAUUGUUGUUGUAGAAUUAUUUCCAGUAUUCAACUUUGUAGCUAUCUAAAACGGUGCCUGUCAAACCUAUCCGAAAGGAUUUAUAAAGAUGUUUCACAGUCGUUUGACUAGGCUUCAGUUUUAGCUUAAGAAGAAAGAACAUUAAUAAUUUAAUAUAAAUCUAAAUUAUGUAAAAACCACAAUCCCUUAAUUGUCAUAAUGCAAAGGUUCUUUUUGGGAUGCAGUGAUUGGUUUUGUUAUAAAAAAGCGUCAAUACUAUUUUUAAGUUUAGAACACCUCUAAGAUAGUUUAGAACAGCUACCUGGACGGUACUUAACAUAACUUAACUUAAUAUUGUUAAGUUAACAAUAUUCUUAUAAGAACUAUUUUAUAAGGUAAUGUUCUUCGACUUCCUUUGUAACAUUAAAACUAACAUUUCCAUAUAACUAAGUGAAUUUGUGAUUUUUAACAAAGCUAUUGUGAUGUCAUUGCUCAAUUCUAAUUGUUAUGUCAACUAAUGCAUUUAUUUUAAGAACAUUAACAUGAUUUGUUAUGUUUUCUAACAUAAAAUGUUAUUUUUUCAAA